GUUCAGUGGAGAUAAGACUACUCUUUUGUCACUUGUUGUGGAAAUAGUGCUGCCACAUGCCGUAUCUAUGGUCUUUCCCCAUCAAAAUGUAUGUAAUUGGCAGUUGCGCAUAUGUCAAUAUUACGGGCAGUACCCGAUCCCCGAUCCCGGACCGUCUGGAUAAACGUGGUAUGAGUGUAUCGCAGACAUAUUCAGCAUGCAGGAACAACUUUAUGGUGUGAUGGUCGUGGGUUUGAAUUAUUUGACAAGCGCAGUCAAUAGGACAAGCCGAGAUUUGUGUAUACAGUAAAACCUGUGACUAACGACCACCCCUUGGGGCCAGAGAAAGCGGUCUUUAGUGGCAGGUGGUCCUUGGUUAGAGGGUUGCACAGCACAACCACAUAUGAAUGGGAGACCGUCCGUGCCUGGUGAAGUGGUCUUUAGUAGCAGGUUGGUCGCUCGUCACAGUGGUCUUUAGUUACAGGUUUCACUGUACAGUAAAACCUGUUUUUAGCGACCACCCCACGGUGCAAGCACAAGAGGUCAUUAACCCUUUCAGCACGCAUCACGUAUAUGUACGUGAUGGUACAUGUAACUGGCCCACGGAUCACGUAUAUAUACGUGAUGCGUACAGUGAAAAUGAACGUACUCUCGAGACAUCCGUGGUCGACGGAUCUUAUCCCUACGUGGACCAGUGACGUGCUGGAUGAACGUCGACAGUUCUACGAUAGUACUGACGGGCGCACGCGCAUGUGCGGCUAUGUACGCCUACAUAGAUGUCGCGUGCGAAAUUAUUUGAACAAUAGAAAUUUUGACAAUUUGCUGUCAUGGCGCGGCGUCGAUAUGGUGCAGACGAUCUCGAUCAUGUCCUCGACCUUGUCGUACUCGACCCUGACAGUGAUGUCGAGCCGACAUUGUCUGAAGACGACAUCGUUCUGUCGGAGGAAGAUGGAGAUCUGCCUGAAAAUCGCGCAGGGUCGCCAGGCGAUAGUGAAAAUGAAUUGGACGACGACGAUGUCGUAGGAGACGCCGCGGAUGACGAUGUAGGUAGCGCCAGCAGCGACAGUGACGGUGAGAACGAGGGGAUAUCUGCUAAAACGCAUGUGGAAGCAGUCGAAGCACUGGCUGAGGGCGACGAUGGAAGUGAAGGUAUCUGGGUGAAACAGAAUGUGGAACCUAAUGUGCCGCCAUUUACUGGCCAGCCAGGGAUCAAGAUGCCUCUCCCGGACGAUCCAACUCCACUGGACUAUGUCAAGCUGUUCUUCACUGCACAAUUCUGGGUGAUGCUAGUGACGGAGACAAACCGGUUUGCAAGAGCAUACAUCGACGCUAACGCUGAAACACUGGCCCGGCGCAGCCUCGCCCGCUCGUGGACACCCGUUACCGUAGCCGAAAUGAAAGUGUUCCUGGGCUUGUUCUUGAACAUGGGCCUUGUUCCUAAGCCCGAGCUUGACCACUAUUGGAGCACAGAUCCCAUCAUCGCCACACCGUUCUACAGCCGCACGAUGCCGCGCGAGCGCUUCACCUCUAUCAUGAACUUUCUGCACUUCAUGGACAACGCUGAAGAAGAUCCCAACGAUAAGCUCUCCAAGAUACGGCCUCUUCUGACGUUGCUUCAGGAGCGAUUCAUGAGCGUUUACACUCCCAACGAGUACAUUUCAAUUGACGAGGAACUGGUGGCGUUCAAGGGAAGGAUAUCAUUCCGCCAGUAUAUUCCGUCGAAGCGAGCACGCUUCGGGAUGAAAAUCUAUGCGCUCUGCGAAGACAGCGGUUACCUCUUCAAUCUGAUUGUCUACGUCGGGAAGGACAACGAAACCUUCUGCCCUGAGAAGGUCAAGGAGCUCGGCGUGUCCGGUGCGGUAGUGCACAAGCUCGUUGAGCCGCUUCUCGGGAAGGGGUAUAAGCUGUACGUGGACAACUGGUACACGAGUAUCCCGAUAGCCACCUACCUCAAGGGCAACGCAACGGGAGUGUGCGGUACCAUUCGCAAGAACCGGAUCGGACUACCGAAGCGUAUAGCAAAUUUCAAGGGGCUAAAGAAAGGCCACUUUCUGUACCGGAGCGGUGGUGGCAUGAUGUUUAUAAAGUUGCAGGACACGAAGGAGGUGCAUUUUCUGUCCACGAUGCACAAGGCAAACGUAGAGCCAACUGGCAAGCGAGAUCGGCAGCGCCGCCCAGUCCGCAAGCUUCGUCUUGUACAGGACUACAACAAGAAGAUGGGUGGAGUUGACAAAAAUGAUGAGAUGCUGUCGUUCUACACCGCUGCACGCAAGUCCCGGAAGUGGUACAAGAAGCUCGCCGUGCAUCUGAUUGAGCAAGCACUCCUGAACGCGUAUAUCCUGCACAGGAAGUCAAACCGCAUGACGCACUUCGACUUUGUGAAGCGCGCCCUGAAAGCCCUCAUCGCCGAAGGCAAGGCGGAGAUGGUAGCUCACGCGGAAGCAGCUGCUGCAGCAACUGGUGGAGCCACAGGCACGAAGCGCAUGGACAGCCACUUCCUCCGCUACAUCCCGGCAACCGAGAAAAAGGCUAAUCCGCAGAAACAGUGUGUUGUCUGCUACGGCAAGGGUAACCGGAAGGAUGUCCGCACCAUGUGCGCUGAUUGCCUCGGGAAUCCUGGGUACUGCAUUCCGUGUUUCGAGGAGUCUCACCGAGGGAAAUAGAGCUGUACUCGCUUGUGUCAGGGGUGUUCAGGUCUGGGCACCGCUUGAGGAUCGUGGCAGGCUUUAUGUAGUUGCUAGCUACCUGCUAGUUCACUGUAGUGGUAUUGCAGCGCUCAGCUACUUUGUGUGAGCUGCAUUCAAUAAUUUGUAUGAGCUACAUUCUAUAAUUUGUGUGUGUGUGUGUGGGCGCGCACUCGCGCGCGCCCUCGGGUGCGCUUUCAUGCAUGUGUCCAAUAGAGUACAUGAGUGUACGGGUGAAUGUGAGUGCGAGAAUUGCAUGGCUGGAUAGGUCUGUAUAGGUGUGAAUAUGUGCAUGCCUCUGCCGGUGUCUGUUCGGCAAGAACCUGUUGCCUAGCCAUUCGUAAUGCAUUCAGUGUUUCGAGGAGUCUUACCGAGGGAAAUAGAGCUGUA